GAGGAUUCCAAGGUUCUUCGCCGUCGGAUGCCGCCAAGUUCCGGAGAGUGCCCUGCCCUGGAGGUGUUGCGUCCCUCAUUCCCCUCUACGCCGAACCACGUGGAACGUCAGCCACGGCUUUGGAUGAGGAAAGCAAGCCAGCCCUGGAGGGAGGUAGGAUUGACGCUGGUUCGGUCCACGGAUGAUGCCACUCUCUAUCGACCUGGUGCUAUUAUUAUUACAUUCACAUACAAUACCACCAUUCCGUAACCGCCAUAUCCACCUUUUUCCUUUGUGCCACUGCUCCCUAUUCCCCUUGCGCACAUUCUCCCGGUCGUAAACAUGUAAUUUCAUCUAUUCGAGGAUCUAUCAAUACUUUUCGCACAAACGGCACGCGACCGAGGAGCGUCAGAAACCAUGGCAGCCGCUGUCGCCGCCGCUGCAGACCCGAUCGACCUCCGACUACAAGGCAGCUUUCCAAUUCGGCUCGGAGCCAGUGUGCUGGAGACUGGAUCAGUGCCGUCGCACUGGAGGACCGUCCGCUUCAAUCAUAAGCCAGAGGCCAAGCAGCACACGCGAUCUCGGAUACAAUCUAGCAAUGAGGCCGGUCAAUGUCAGCUGACACUUGAGGAAGACGACGCGGAAUACACAUACUUGGGCUCGCGUGGAGACUCUGAGGACACAUAUAUCCUGCUACAAAGUGGAUCAGGGAAGAGCAGGGAGUUGAUACUAGAGCGAUUAGAUGGUAGACAUGAUUUCAAUCUUACGCGGACUCCCUCGGAGCACAAUGCCAGAAAACUGGCAGAAUUGUAUCCCCAAUUGACUGCGAACGACGACGAAGACGAUGAUGCUGGUAAUGAUCUUUUCGGCGAUGAUGAUGCGGAUGCGCCUGCGGACGAGGAAAACCCAUUUGAUUGGCGGCACUUCCUCAAGCUUGAGCUGGAUAAACCUGAGACUGCGAAUUCGAAUGCCGACGCAACUCGUGAUCACGAUGUCCGAGCACCGGCUGCGGCAAAUAGAAUCACCAACAGAUCGACCACUGCAGCUGCUCCGAGACGUGCAGAGCCCAAGGUUGCGGCCACGAAGAAGCGCAAAGCAGCACCAGCAGCUGCGAACAAAGCUUCGAACCCGAAGCGAGUCAAAGCUGGGUAUGAACCACCUACGACGACAUCAACGCCGAAAUCUGUGGUACCUCCCAGUAGCAAGAAGGCCGCCGCGCCUGCGCGGAAGAUCCCCGACAUACGUGUCGAGAGCGAGGAUGAGAUCGACGACGACAACGACGCCGAUGCUGACGAUGACGACGGCGAGCUUAUCCUCGAGGGGGAUACCACAUCCGAGAAGCCACGCUCCUCAAUGGGAUUGGCACUUUCAGGGACCUUUGGAAAUGGCGGUGGAGGGCCCAUCAGUCUGCAAUCAGCAGCGAAUAGUCCCGCCGGUCGCGUUGCGCCCGAUAACGCCGCCGCCACGAAUGCGACCAUUGAGGAAUACACAUUUGAAUUUGGCGGUAGCGACGAGGAGAUUGACGACAACGACGACGGCGGCCUGCUCGAGGUGGAAUAUCCCGAAGCGGACCAGGAGCAGGAGGAAGUCCUGGAUGAAGCUGAAGCGGAUGCGGAUGUUGAAGAUCUGGCAUUGCCCUCACCGGCGCGCAGUCGACCCCCUCCGCUACCGACGGAGCCGAGCAUCAGUGCGGCCGCAGCAGCGGCAGACGACGACGAUGACUUUGCUAACCAGCUCGCCGAGGCAAUGAUGGAGGACGAUGACGAUGAGGAUGUUCCGGGGCCUAGUGCUCCGGAUGCAGCAUUGGAAAGCGAAGAAAGUGAAGAGGAGUGAUGAGUUCGCUCUAUAGAGGAGGAUGCUUACUAUGGUUUUAUGUUAUUUGGCGGGUUUCCCUUGAUCUUGUCGGGUUUGAAUGGAUUUCGUCGCCGGACGGUUGUCGUAUGGAGCAAAAUUGGGUUUCUCAGCGAUCACGACCGUGUAUCUAUGUACUUUGCUAUUGCUCUUCAAUCACCAGAAUUGAUUACCCAAUCUGGUCUCACUCAUGCGUUUCAC